ACUCAAGCCUACACCCUGGGAAUGAGGACACUGAGCCAGCUGCUGAGAUUCAACAGGAUAGCCACUAAAGUCUCUUUGAACUCUAUAUUGCCAUGAUCCUAUGUCUAUGGAUAACUAGAACUUGACAUGGACACUCUGGAUUCCAUACCAUGUGGAGUAAUUGUUACUUCCAUGUGACUUCUACUGGGUUUUUAAUAGUGCCCAACCCAAGUUCAAAGGCUGAUGAGAGAAAAAUCUCAUGAGGAGGUUUUACUCUAGGGAAAGGUUGUUCAGUGGCUGUGAUCUUGGCUCACCAGGGAAGAUGUCAAGCUCCUUCUGGCUCCUUCUCAGCCUUAUUUCUGUCACUGCUGCUCAGUCCACCACUGAGGAACAGGCCAAGACAUUUUUGGACAAGUUUAACCACGAAGCUGAAGAUUUGUCUUAUCAAAGUGCACUUGCUUCUUGGGAUUAUAACACCAAUAUUACUGAAGAGAAUGCCCAAAAGAUGAAUGAUUAUGGGGACAAAUUGUCUGCCUUUUAUGAAGAACAGUCCAAGCUUGCCCAAACUUAUCCACUAGAAGAAAUUCAGAAUGUUACAGUCAAGCGUCAAUUGCAGGCCCUUCAGCAGAGUGGUUCUUCAGGGCUCUCAGCAGACAAGAGUAAACAGCUGAACACAAUUCUAAGCACAAUGAGCACCAUGUACAGUACUGGAACAGUUUGCAACCCAAAUAACCCACAGGAGUGCUUAUUACUUGAACCAGGUUUGGACACAAUAAUGGCGAACAGUAGAGACUACAGUGAGAGGCUUUGGGCUUGGGAAGGCUGGAGAUCUGAGGUCGGCAAGCAGCUGAGGCCAUUAUAUGAAGAGUAUGUGGUCUUGAAAAAUGAGAUGGCAAGAGCAAACAAUUAUGAGGACUAUGGGGAUUACUGGAGAGCAGAUUAUGAAGCAGAGGGGGAAAAUGGCUAUAAUUAUAACCGCAGCCAAUUGAUUGAAGAUGUGGAAAGUACCUUUGCACAGAUCAAACCAUUAUAUGAACAUCUUCAUGCCUAUGUGAGGGCAAAGUUGAUGAACGCCUACCCUUCCCAUAUCAGUCCGACUGGAUGCCUCCCUGCUCAUUUGCUUGGUGAUAUGUGGGGUAGAUUUUGGACAAAUUUGUACUCUUUGACAGUUCCCUUUGAACAGAAACCAAACAUAGAUGUUACUGAUGCAAUGGUGAACCAGGCCUGGGAUGCAAAAAGAAUAUUCAAGGAGGCUGAGAAUUUCUUUGUGUCUGUUGGCCUUCCUAAUAUGACUCAAGGAUUCUGGGAAAACUCCAUGCUAACUGAGCCAGAAGAUGGCCGGAAAGUGAUCUGCCACCCUACGGCUUGGGACCUGGGGAAGGGCGACUUCAGGAUCAAAAUGUGCACAAAGGUGACAAUGGACGACUUCCUGACAGCCCAUCACGAGAUGGGACACAUCCAGUAUGAUAUGGCAUAUGCCAUACAACCUUUCCUGCUAAGAGAUGGGGCUAAUGAAGGGUUCCAUGAAGCCGUUGGAGAAAUCAUGUCACUUUCUGCAGCUACACCUAAGCAUUUGAAAUCCAUUGGUCUUCUGCCACCUGAUUUUGAAGAAGACAAUGAAACAGAAAUAAACUUCCUGCUCAAACAAGCACUCACGAUUGUUGGAACUCUACCAUUUACUUACAUGUUAGAGAAGUGGAGGUGGAUGGUCUUUAAGGGUGAAAUUCCCAAAGAUCAGUGGAUGAAAAAAUGGUGGGAAAUGAAGCGAGAGAUAGUUGGGGUGGUGGAACCUCUGCCCCAUGAUGAAACAUACUGUGACCCUGCGUCUCUGUUCCAUGUUUCUAAUGAUUACUCAUUCAUCCGAUAUUACACAAGGACCAUUUAUCAAUUCCAGUUUCAGGAAGCCCUUUGUCAAGUAGCUAAACAUGAAGGGCCGUUGCACAGAUGUGACAUCUCAAAUUCCACCGAAGCUGGGCAGAAGCUGCUUAAUAUGCUGAGCCUUGGAAAAUCAGAACCCUGGACCUUAGCACUGGAAAAUGUAGUAGGAGCAAGGAAUAUGGAUGUCACACCACUGCUCAACUACUUUGAGCCCUUGUUUACCUGGCUGAAGGACCAGAACAGGAAUUCUUUUGUGGGCUGGAACACCAACUGGAGUCCUUAUGCUGACCAAAGCAUCAAAGUGAGGAUAAGCCUAAAAUCAGCUCUUGGAGAUAAAGCCUACGAAUGGAAUGACAAUGAAAUGUUCUUGUUCCGGUCAUCUGUGGCAUAUGCCAUGAGGGAGUAUUUUUUAAAAGUCAAAAAUCAGACGGUUCUUUUUGGGGUGGAGGAUGUAUGGGUGAAUGAUUUGAAACCAAGAAUCUCCUUCACCUUCUUUGUCACUGCACCUAAUAAUGUGUCUGACAUUAUUCCUAGAGCUGAAGUCGAAGAGGCCAUCAGGAAGUCUCGGAGCCGUAUCAAUGAUGCUUUCGGCCUGGAUGACAAUACCCUAGAGUUUCUGGGGAUUCAGCCGACACUUAGCGCUCCUUACCAGUCGUCUGUCGCCACAUGGCUGAUUGCUUUUGGAGUUGUGAUGGGACUGGUAGUGGUUGCCACUGUUGUCCUGAUCUUCACUGGGAUCAGAAAUCGAAAGAAGAAAAAUCAAGAAAGAAGUGAAGAAAAUCCUUAUGCCUUCGUGGAUGUUAAUAGAGGAGAACAUAAUCCAGGAUUCCAAAACAGCGAUGAUAUUCAGACUUCCUUUUAGAAAAAUCUAUCUUUUUCCUUCUGAGGUGAUUUUAUUGUGUGCAAAUGUUAAUUUCAAAGCACAGAAAUAUGAGAUUAUAAAGAUGUCAUUAGAUAUCAAAACUAUGGCUCUGUUAGGAAAAGUCCAAAGACAACACGGCUGAGGAGGAGGCACUUUCAUUGACACUGUUUUCAGUAUUUAUUUCUGUUUUAGGAUUUAACUUCUAUUUCCUAAUAGGAAUGUUUAUAUUAGAGAAUAAAGUGUAUCUUUGGCCUCGCAGUCUGUUCAGGGAUAAUGUAAAUGUAAAUGUCUGUUGAAUUAGGGGCUGAUAAAAAAGAGGAUAUGUCACGGGAGCAAGCAUUGGAACUUGUAUGGAAUCUGGAUGGCUCGCUUGUAAGGACAGUGCCUGGGAACUGGGGGAGCUGCAAGGAUUGAGUAUAGCACACACUGUUCAAGUGUUAAGGAUGACAUACUUUCUACAUGUUAAUUUAAUCCAAGUACUAUAGUGACUUGCCCACAGUGAUGUUUAGAAUGGACCAUGCUUUCUUUCUUCAGGGUGACAGGUCUAAAGAGAAAAGAAUUCAGAGAGCAGGUAGAGGACAUUGUUUUUUCACUUUCAAGCUGCUUGAUCAACAUCUUCCUGACAACGUGAAAGUAGCACCAGGUGUCUCCAUGAACUCCCAGAGCAUGUCUGAUAGAAACUUGCUUCCAUUGUUCUUUAAUGGUGGAGUGAGUGGAAAUUUGAACUGAACAUUUUACCCUCUGAAGUGGGAACCCAAUCUCUUAAAUCUUUUGUGUUUGCCCACAGUGUCUGAGUAGUGCUGAGCGCAAAGCAGACACUCAAUGAAUGCUACAUUGACACAUUC